GCCCCCACGAGCACACUGCUAUCCCUGGGUGUCUCCAUUUUGGGGGCCACGCCCCAGUCACUUUCGCGCCUAAGCAAAUCCCACCCCCAGUGACUCCCGGUCAAAAGAGAGCCAAUAGCGAUCGUUCAAGGUGGAGCGCGGAGUGGGGGGUGAACCCAGCCCAAACCGUUAUAUACUGUACCACGCCCAAGCCCGAGCGCCAGUCUCGGGCUCUCUGCCUUCAGCAGAGUUCCUCGAGGCAGCGAGCUUCCACGGCGCACCAGCCAUGGAGUCUCUGGCCGGGGACCACCAGUGUGGGCCCUACUGCCUGAGAGCUUGCACUUUGGAUGUGAGACCUGAAUUUGAGCAGGAUCAAGGGCCAGAAGGCAGAGAAGGCUACUUGGUCCAAGGAGGUCGUCUGGCCUUCGUGGGUGGCGUGAAUUACGUCAACCUCCUCAGCCUAGGCUACUGGAACCAAGAAGCCGUCUGGAACCACCAGGGUCGCCAUGGUGGCCAGGAGCCGGAGCAGCAGCCUGCUGAGGAGCCAGCUGAGGAGCCAGCUGAGGGGCCACCCGAGGAGCCAGGCUUAGCGGCGGCUGUCGUCCAGGCGCAGCAGCAGGUGGGCCCGCCGCGCCGUCGUAGACAGCACAGGAAGUUCACGGCCAUGCAGCUGCGGGAGCUGGAGGAGCUCUUCCAGGAGACCGAGUACCCGGACCUUCUCACCAGAAGGGAGAUUGCGAGACGCUUGGGUGUGACUGACACCAGAGUGCAGGUUUGGUUUAAGAAUAGGCGAGCCAAGAAUCGGAGAAAUGAGAGAGCAGCCGUGGUUCAAGCUCCAACACCUGCUGCCAUGAGGCGCCUUUACUUCUUCCUGAUGGAUGUGCCCUAAGAUCUCGUCCGGGUUCUGGAGCCAUACUGGAGAUGGGUUCUUCUGGUGCCACUGACACCUGGGCUGCCCAUGCUGCCCAUGCCACCCAUACCUCCUCUGUUCUUGUAUUAGCAAUAAAGAGACAUGUUCUCAAUA